GUUCAAAAUUUGAUCUACAAGAUUUUUACAGUAAUGUCUUAACUGCCUCGAUAAGCGAACCGGGAUAUUAAUUUAACUUCAGACAAGAGAGAAUAACUGCAAACUGUUUUAUUCACGAUUUUCACUAAGAAUAGUAUGGUAUGCCAAGCAUUUCCUUACGACUAGUAGGUAUAGGUAGGUGUAUAAGCUUUUUAAAUGACUAAUUUAUGAAGAAGACUUAACCUAGAAUACCAACCGAAAUGUUCUUAGGUGAAAAGUAAAAAUUGUUUUUGAACGGACUCUAACUUAUGAGAAUGGAUUUAGUAAUUAGAGCCAUAUUCCAAUAUAGGCCUAACCAAAGAUGUAUAAAAUGUUUUAGUAACACACAGAUUUCUAAAUUCUUUAGAACAGCGUUUUACAAAACUAUGAAUACCUUUUGCUUUCAAAAGGUAUUGGUAUUAUAAUAAAGACGAAAAUUAAGCUUAAGCCCAUGGUAACUACCAUAUCAAUAAUGUUAUAGUACAGUUCCUAGCUUUUAUACCCUGAACAGAAUAUACAAGUAUUAGAAGUUUGCAACACCCAGAAGGAAACGUCGGCGACCCUAUAAAAUGUAUAUACUUGUAUUAAUAAUUAGCGUGACGUGCUGAGUUGAUUCAGCCAUGUCCGUCUAUCCGACUGUCGGUAUAUACGCGAACUAUUCCCUCAGUUUCUGAGAUAUGACUCUGAAAUAUUGCACACAUCAUUUUCUGUAUAAGAAGUUGCUAAUUUGUAGGAACCGUCGCUAUCGGACCACUAUUGGAAUCAAGUUCUUAUAUGGAAAAGUUUUUUAUCAGACAAGAUAUUUUCACGAAAUUUUCCACGGACUAUUACCCAAAACAUUACUACAAUAUCCGAAUUAUAUUAUCCGAAAAAUAAAUUAACAAAUUUUUUCAGAUCGGACGACUAUAGCUGCCAUACAAAUAAACGAUCGAAAUCAAGAUAAAGAUAUUCACAAAGGAUCUUUAUACCGAACAACGUGUGUAGAAAGAACUAGCAAAACUUUGUUAGCUGGAUGCAAACCGUUGCCGUUACGUUUUCAAAUUUAGUUAUAAAUAUAGUUGUUAUUAAAAAAUGCUCCUGCAAAUGGUAUAAUAGCUUUAGUGUAGACGUUUUUUCUUGUUUUUUUUUUUUAGAUAGAGAGAGGGCUGCACAGUUCUACGGAAAAUGCAAAUCGUCUUACAUUUUUUGAAAUUCAAUGGCAAAUUAUUUCCAUUAGACCAAGCAAUCAAAUUGUUUAAGUCUAUUUGCAACAGGCACCUUUCUUCAGUUGAAGUAUAUGAUUUAUGGUCAAAAGCUAUAUGAUUUUGAUAUAAAGGUUAUCAUACUUGGACCCUAAUUAAAUAAUUGUUUUAACUUAUUUCAGUAAUGUAAAACGUCUUCUUCAGAAUAUGUUUAACAAUGAAUGGAAAAUCUAUUUUUAGAUUAUGGCUUAAGUGAAAAUUGUUUUAAAAAAAUACAUAAGUGACAAGCAAUUACUAUUUGCACUCUACUGCUUUUCAUGUUCAAAGCAUGUAGAUAUGUAUGUAUAUAAAGCAACCAGCUCUUUCCUCACAAAAUUUAUAAAAUAAUUUUAUAACAUACUGCAUACCGCAAUAUGUGGUUUUCAAGAAGAAAUAAAACGCAUAUAAAUAAUAUAAUGUUAAGGCCAAGAAAUUUAGCUUUAUUAUAAAAAUAAGGAUUGCAUUAUGUUUUAAAAAUGAUUUGGGGCAAGUAGCCGCCGCGGCUGGCUCAAUAACGCAACAAAUAUUCUCUUCCAGGGCUUAUCUACUUAGGCAAGCGACUUCACUUCUUAGCGGCCACGCCACAGGCCCACGGCGCGAGAUGCAUUAUCACCAAAAGUUUCCUUCAAUAAAUUGAUUGUUUCGUUGCAUGUAAUGCCAUCUUAUUGGAACCAAAGAUCGUCAUCAACAUCCUCCAAAUCAAGCACGAAAAAGUCAUUAAUCAUGGCUCUAUAGCGAUCCCCGGUAACUCUAACAUCAUGGUCAGUUUCCUUUUUGAACCAAUGAUUCCCUCUGGCCAUAGUGCACACCAAACCAAUCCAACCAAAAAUGAACUGUCACUGAACAUAUUCUGCGUCUCUGAGGAUUUGCAUUAUCCACUAGAGUAAACGUGGUACGAAACCGAUCCAUGGUUGUUCGAAUUACCGACUCUGCUGGGCGAUAAUGUUGACCGAAUAUUGGCCGCAGCGGGUUAAGUCUGUUCCUUAUGAAACGGUAAACCAAACUGAGUAUAAAUCAAGUAGCAGUUGUCCAAAAAGACCAGCUCCGAAAAAAGUAUUGCCUCAUUGAAAAACACCUUGUACUUAAAUAAUCUUUAAUUCACAUUAUGAAUUUUCUCCAUUAAAGUCUGCAAUGCGGGGGUUAUAAAAUUAAACCUUUGGUUAAGAAGAAAUGCGUUCAUAUUGAUAUAAGGAUUGACUAAUGUAAUACUUGAACUUUUGAGUUGAACUUUGAGUAUCAUCAUCUCGUUAGAAUAAAAAUUCUGAAUGAAAAAGUAAAUUAAAUUAUUUUUGUAGCGUAUUACAAGUAUAUACUUGUAUAUACCAUUUUUUUAAAUGUAAUCCGCUAUUCAAUAGCGCGACACACUGUAGCGCAAGUUCCCCGGCGCAAAGCGCUCAUUACAACAAAGCGCAUACCGGUUCAAUGUUUGUGCUUUCAUUGUUGUUUGCGAAGGUCUGGCACAAAGUAAAAGCUGAUAAUUUAUAAUAAUGAAAAUAACCAAUAAAUACAAGGCAAAAAGAAAUGAAAAUGAAAUUAUUGCACAAUAAUAGCCGAUAAGUGCAGGGUAGUAGCCGCGGAAGGAAAUUUUGUAUUUAAAAUAAACUUAUUAUUAGCUAUAAAGCUUUAAUAUUAUUGAUUGAUUUAUAAAUUAUUAAAAUGUUGAAAUAUUUGUUUCGAGGUAAGUCAAAUGAAAAAUGUGCCUUUUUCACCAGUGCAUACGUUUAUAGUAGCACGCACACCCAGCAUGGCACUUAAAAUUACGAAAUGGAGUGACAGACCGGCAAGAGGAGUUGCGAUCAGUAAUUAAACACGCGAUCGCAGUUUGGCCGAAAUUAUCAGCCGCUACAAAGUAUGGAUUUGAAAAAUAAAAAUGUUAUUUAUGUGGGUGGAUUUGGUGGCAUUGGGUUCUGUUGUUGUAAAAGUCUCUUAGAACAAGGGGUGGCCAAUAUAGCGAUUAUGGAUGUGGUUGAGGAUGCUGAAAUGCUCGAGACAUUACAAGCUAUCAAUAAAGCUGCCAAUGUAUUCUAUAUCAAAAUGGACUUAACAGAUGUGGAGAACAUAGAGAGUGCCUUCACAGAAGCACAUGACACUAUGGGUCGCUUCGAUAUUGUGGUGAACGGUAGUGGCAUAAUGAAUGAGCAUGAAAUCGAAAGAACAAUACAAAUUAAUUUGUUAGGUGUCAUAUACAGCACUUUUGCGGCUUUGCGCCUAAUGGACAAAUCGAAAGGUGGGAAUGGAGGUCUAAUUGUAAACAUUUCCUCGGUCGUCAGUUUGGAUGCUUAUGGUGCAUAUGCUGUGUAUACCGCCUCUAAAUAUGGUGUUAAUGGAUUCACAAGAGCACUUUCGGAUCCAUAUUAUUAUAGUCAAACAAAAGUCGGUUUCAUCACGAUCUGCCCAAGCACUACGGAGACACAAAUGGUUUCAUCCCUACGCAUGGAUGCAUUGACAACAUUUGAUCGGAUGCCACCACUGCCCAAAACGUUAUGCAACAAUCAAAGCCCUGAGAAUUGUGCCUAUAAUUUAGUAACAGCCAUUAAGACUGCCAAAAAUGGUUCAGUGUGGAUUUUGAGUGCAGGCAUUCUAAGGGAAUAUCAUUAUCCCGAUAUUUAAGUAAAAAAGAAGAGUUUUGAAAGUAAAAAAGCCACUAGAAGGAAAGCCACUAAUGGAUUUGAAAAGGUGAAAAAGUGUUAAUUAUGUUAUUUAAUUUGUUUCCUUCGGCUACUGACAUAGAGUUAAUUCAAAAAAUAAUAUCGCCUGUUAAAAAAAGUUUGAAAAAUAUUGCUUUUUAAAAAUAUUUUAAUAUAAAAGUAUUAAUUUUUAAUCAUAUUCUAAGGCCAAAGGAUACUAUUUAAAUUAAUGUUUGCUCCUAAAAAUCGUUAUAUCUUCACCGAUAAAAGGUUUUGCUUGAUAAUUAAUUAUAUUUCGUAUCAGAUAAUUAACUAAAGACUUCACUACUACUUACGCAUGUACUAUAUGCUGUAACUGCCAGCUAAGUUUUUUAAUUGCAGUCGAUCUCAUGGAACACAGGCUUUGAAAUUUUUAUACACCUAUGUAUGUACGUAUGUAUGUAAAUUAAUUAAACUCGAAUAGAAGCCAUGCAACUAGUUAUUAAAACAACAAAAUGUAUUCUAACAUAACUUUAGUGAUAGUCUAUAAAAUAUAUAAGAUAAUGUGAACAAACGAAAAUAUAUGUAUUCCUAACAAUUAAUUGUUAUUAGAAAUCGAAAACUGUAUUCAAUAUCGGAAAGCACAUACAAUUUAGUAUACUCCUGUUUUUAAUUACAACACUUAUUAAAUAUAUUUACGCCAAGGAUAAAAUAAAAUUUAUAUACAUAUAUAAAAAUGACAUGUCACGUUUUACCCGGGGUAAGCUACUAAACCGAUUUCAGUAAAAUUUAGCGCACUGUGUCCAGUUUGCUCCAACUUAAAAGAUAGAAUAGUUAAUAUCCCAUUUAUGUUAAAAGUCAAAA